GCAGCCUCUUUCUGGUGGAAGCAGAUCCAACAUAUUUCUGUUGGGCAUCAGGCAUCAGCGGCAGGAUAAAGAAAACGACCCCACAACCGAUAAAUUCAUGUCACAGGACUCCUGACUCUGCCCUGCUCUUGCAGCAUCCCUCUGACGUCAUCAGCAGGCGCCUUUAUUUACCACUGCAGCAAUGGAGGUAAACAGGGAUGAAGCUGAGCGCUGCAUUGACAUUGCGGCUGUGGCGCUGACUAACCAACAGCCGGAGAAGGCGCAGAGGUUUCUGGAGAAGGCGCAGAGACUUUUCCCCACAGAAAAAGCCAGGGUGUUGCUGGACUUCAUUGCAAAAAAUGGAUUUACACCCGGACAGAAUGACCAGUCAGACUUCUCUGGGGUGUCAGGGCCUCGGCAGCGGCAAAGUACAACUGAGGAUACCCAGCCUGAGGAGAAGCCCUCAGACAUAAACAAAGCCUACACAGCAGAUCAGCUCGAGGCUGUGAAGAGGAUAAAACAAUGCAAAGACUUCUAUGAAAUCCUCGGGGUUCAGAAAGAUGCCUCGGAGGACGAGCUCAAAAGAUCAUACAGGAAGCUUGCUUUGAAGUUCCACCCAGAUAAGAAUCAUGCUCCAGGUGCAACGGAAGCAUUUAAAGCGAUUGGCAACGCUUAUGCCGUUUUGAGCAACGCUAACAAAAGGCGACAGUACGACCAGUAUGGAGAGGAGAGGAGGCAUCCCUCCGGACACAGCCAUGACACUGGAAACUUUGAGCCAGAUAUCUCUCCUGAGGACCUCUUCAACAUGUUCUUCGGAGGAGGCUACCCGUCAAGUACUCCUCAUGUGUACACUAACGGACGGAUGCAUUACCAAAGGCGAGAGAGAAGAGAGAGGCAGAGAGAUGGAGGCCUUGCUCUCUUUGUGCAGGUCAUGCCCAUCCUGGUCCUGGUCAUUGUUUCAGCUCUCAGUCAGAUCAUGGUGAACAGCCCCUCCUACAGCCUCAGCUUCAGGCCGUCAGCGGGAUACUCACACAAGCGGCUGACGGAGAACCUGAAGGUGCCAUAUUAUGUGGGGGAGCAGUUCUUCAAGGAGUUCACUGGCGUGAAUCUGAAAAAUCUGGAGCGAACAGUGGAAGAUGACUAUAUUUCCAACCUUCGCAACAAUUGCUGGAAGGAGAAACAACAAAAGGAGGGCAUGCUGUACAGAGCUCGCUAUUUUGGAGACACUGAUCUGUACCAAAGAGCGCAGAGGGCUCGCACACCAAGCUGCGCCAAACUGUCAGAGAUCACAGCUUCAUUACACGGCUGAGAAUGCAUCUGUGAUUGAAAGUUUCCAGAAACUCCACGAAAAAAAAAAAAAAUACUGGAUGUAAAUAGGUAAGCUUUAACAAUCUGGCGGCUGAAGAAAACCCAACAAGCAACACAAGCAAGGCGCCAUAAAACUCCACCAAACUGGAUUUAAAAAAAAAAAAAAAAAA